GAGUUGAGAGCGCAAAGUCCAUGUCUACGAAGCAUAUCCCCUAUCCAUUGACGCUCUUCAGUCAGAUGCGGACGGUCCGCACCCCGGUGCACACCGUGGCCAACAUGGGGUGGGGAGGGCUCAAGGUCAACAUGCUGCUGGAGGGCAAAGGCUCUGACGUGAAGCAGUCUGCCAGGACGCCACCAGAUUUGGGCUUGGGUGAGGCUGAGUGGCAAAAGUACCACCCAUCCGCAGCCCAGAAACAGAUCGCGCACGUCUCCGAUGAUAUCGGUGAAUCCCUGCAAAAGUACUCAGAGAUAAUGUCUCGGGAGAAGGCGCUUGAGCGCUUCAUUAGCAACCUUUCCCAAGACAUGGUGGACUAUUUCCGCAAAGAGCUCUACAAGCGCUUCUUCCAGAAUGCACCCUCAGGCCAAGAUCACUUCAAGCAGUCUACUACGCGGCUGUACUUCCUGGCCGACCGCAUGGUGGAAACUACUAUGGACAUGUUCCGCCAGCCGCGGAAGAUGGUGCAGGAGAUCUCUGGUUUGGGACUGCGGCACGUUGGCUACGGCAUCCCCACAGAGCUUUUUGGGCCGUAUGUGUCGGCUGGAGUGGAUGUCGUUCGCUCCAUGACGACCGACGAGAAUGCCCUAUCUGGUUUUCGUUGGUCCCUGACGCUCGUGUCCAAGAUUCUGGUGCGGGCGGUGAGUGAGGGCGCGACCCUCGUUAUGAGAGCCAUCAACACCAACCAGGAGCUGGCCUUGAAGAAAGCCAUCUCCAUCGCUCCGCGAGGGAAGCGAGCCACAGAGCUCCUGAACAUCUCAGUAGGCACUCAGUCCAUCUCUCCGCUAUUUUGGGCCAUCGAAAGUGGCGCACUAAACAGCGCGCGAGCAAUGCUCGUCGACUUGCUGACCAUUCGCGCAGACAGGGACGUCUACUACUAUGGUUGUGACGACCUUUUCACGAGGCAUCCAGACAUUAUCCAGCGUUUGUGCAAAGACGCGCCAACGUUGUUAUGGACUUUGUUGGACGGCCUCAUCUGGCGAUCUCGACUCACCUACCAGGGUCUGCGCCGAGUGAACUACUAUGUCAAGCAUUUAGUGCAAGAUUUGGACGGAAACAGCAACCAGGCUCUUGAGUGGCUGGCCGAGCACAAGGAUCCGAAGAUAAUUGUUCAUCCAGUCGUGGUACUCUUUGCGGAUCUGAUCUGGAAUCGGCUUGCAAUGUACCACUUCUUGCUUGGAAGAUGCUACUUCCUCUUUGCCUUGUGCGUUUUCGUCACCAGCCAAGCGCUCCUCUUCCGACAUGAUGGGACAGAGGCGCUUGAGGAGAACAUAGCUCGGUUUGUUUGCAGGUGCUUCCUGUACUUCGGGAGCUUGAGCAAGUUGUUCUACAACCAAUGCAAGCUCUUCUACUCCGACAUGAAGACCAGAAAUCUGAUGUGGUUUUACCUCUGUCCAGUUCCGAGAUACUUGAGCAGUCCUCAGCAUGCAGGAAACCUGUUGUUGGUGAUCUUGCUGAUUCUGAUGUACAUCGAGGAGCCCAUUCUUUGGUGUGGAAUCUUCACCACUGACGAUCCUGUGGGGCUCUUGUUCACGAACAACUGCGAGGCAUCAGAGCCGAUUAAGGAUCUCUAUUCCAUCUUCUCUUGCUUUGCAAUGCUCCUGUAUUGGGUUUUGUUGAUGGACUUCACCCUCUUCUCCAUGAAAAUCUCGGCCUUCGUGCUCGUGUGUGGCCACGUGCUUGCGGAUGUAGGCCUGUUUGUGCUCGCCAUUGUGUUCUUGGUCCUGGCCUUCGCCACAGCGAUAAGCUCCUUGAACCACGGGCUUUCAAACUUUACUGGCAUCGACCCUUGGUUAGUCAGUCUGGUGCAGAUGACCCUGGGGAUGUUCCCUGCAAGAGACUACGACGACUUCCAGUCAGAGGUUGCUGUACUCACAGCUGUGUCCGUUUUCGUGGCGGUGGUCAGCAUUUUCCUUCUUAAUCUUCUCAUCGCCCAGCUCAAUCAAUCAUACCAUGAUGUUUUCGAGGAUAUGCAAGGCUUCGCACGUCUGAACCGUGCCGGUGUCAUCGCCGCAACACUGGAACAGGUACCCAGGAAGAACUGGAUGAAGUUCCGGGAAGGUCUUCUGUUCGAAGAGCGCCUGGAGUUCAACGAGGGGGACGUGGGCCUAGAAGGUGGGAUUCAGGUGACGGAGGCUGCGAAUAUCAACCCACUCACAGAGGACACCAUCCGACGGUAUGGUGGUUCUACGGCCCCCACCAUGCCAUGGCCACAAGAGCACACCGAGGACACGCAGGAGGAGGACAAGUUCGAGAGAUUGGAGAAGCUGAUCCUCCGUUCCAGCAAGAAGAAGAGAGGUGGAGCCAGCAGUGAUGCUUCCGGCUCCUCCUUAGCAGGCGACUCCAACUCCCAGGCAGGUCACUCAGAUCACAGCUCAAGGAGUUCCCAAGGCAGCUCCUGA